GUAUCUAGUCAUGUCAACAACAAAAGAGGCGCCGGCAUCAUUUCGGUCAAUGUUGAUUGUUGACGGUGGCGAUUGUAAGCAUCGAAGUUUGUUGGUGUGUAGGGUUCGUCUGAUGCCGUCUAGCAGUGCAAAAAUUGGCAAGAAGUUUUUGAAAUUUGACAGCGGUGACCGCCUGCCGUAGUAAUGACGUCGCCUCGAAUGCAACAAGCUUCGCCAAGCCACUCGCCAUACCGCGAUCUCGUGCAUCUUAAGCAUGUUAAUCAGGAAGCUCGACAGCAGAGUCCACGCAGAGCCUGCGUUUGUUUGGCAAUUGCUUUGUUCCUCUAUGCCGAUAUCUAUCACUUAUCAAUUCUUAAUAGACUGUUAUAUUUGCCCGAAUUUGUGGAUUAUGUUAAAGGCGCCACGCUAGGUGGUUCUUUGCUAUUGUGCGUGGGACAUAUCGCGUCGUUUGCGUACGCCCACCUCAUGCCUGACCGGGAAAUCGAAGAUUCUUGCGCCAAACUUUUGAAUAUUUCUAAAGACGAUCUCGGUUUCAAGGUGAAUCCCGACCCGCAGCUUCAGACGCCCGCUUCCUCGCCUAAUGUUGAGCGACUGCCCGCAGGAUCAUUCUGUCUGCCCUCUGCGCAAAACUCGUUUAGUGAGUCGUUCAACAAUUCGGUCUCCUCGACUUCAUGGCAAUUUCAGCCGUCUGGCAGACCUUAUCGCCUAUCAGACCCCACGUACGAGAAACUUCUGAAUCAGACACGUUAUCCGAACUCACGCGCUCUCGAUUGGCAUAUCGAGGAUGAGGAAAGCGCCGAAGCCUAUCUGCUCGAACGCAGCCGUGAACAACCAAGUUUCGUUGGUGGUUUAUCUGACGAGUUCGAUUUCCAGCCCAGCAGAAGUAGAACGUCGCUGAUUGAUGCUGGAGUGGAAGCAAUUCACCGGUUGUUUCAAGCACAGCCGUACAAAGCUGCCUCUCCGUCGCAGGUCGAGAAAGAAAAAAGCACCGAAUCAGGUUCAGCUCUCAUUUGUCGCAAAUGGAACAUCGACGAGAAGCAACUCUUUAAAUGGAACCGGAACUUGCGUUUUUGGUUCCAUAAAGAAGUUUUUUGCCCGCUAGUUGAACAAAUAAAUGAAAUCAACAAAAACAUCAGUAAGUUUGGCUAUGGCCGUGAAUCUCUAAUAGGUGUGGCUAGCCCGAGUCAGCUUCGUCUUUUAGCGGCAAACAGGGGUUCUCAACUCCUUGGCCUUGAAAAUGUCGUUCCUUUUCUCGAAAUAACGACUAAUCAGCAAUACCUUGUUGAACGUUUCAAGGAAUUCGCUAUUGGAGGCGCCUUGUCCAAGAUGAACUGGAAUCAUGGGGGCCCGACCUGGAACGACCACCUCCCACCGGACGCGGAGAUACUCAUGUUUUCGUUUUGUACGUACAUUGACACGCGUCUUAUGCCAGAUCCAGAAUUUCCAGACGGCCGUCAGUUUACCACGUUACACACAAAGGAUUCGUUGCACGAGAAGUCGAUUGACACAACGGGUCGUCCUCAGGUACUCAUCCAUCACCGAACGAAAAACCCACCCCAUUACCUGCUUCAAAUGGGGGACGAAAUUUUUGACGUCGGCUUAGGCUCUGCAAACGCUCUCCAUACGAUUAUUUCAUUCCUUUAUCACCAGAGUACCCGAAAUGAUGGGCGAAUCUGUCGCAUGUCCAUGGGCCCUACCGGAAUCGACGUACUUACGAUCAUUACUUAAAACGACUGGAUGUUGUAACCGACAGCGAAAGAGAACAACCAUUGUUUUUUAUUGGCCUUUUGGCGGUUCCUGAAACGUAAAUAUCUUGUGUAUCGUUAUCUUUCAGCUUUCCAUGAGGUUGCUCGGAUCUUUGUUAAUAAUGUGAUGUAUAAACACCGUUUGGCUAUCCUUGAGCGCACAGUUUUAGAUUUAAUGACACGAAAGCCAUUUCAACGAGACAAUGGAGUUAGCACGCAAAUGUAAUCUUUCAAAAGAUACUGAAGGUUCACAAUUAGAAUGCUGCCAGACAAAAUACCUCCUACGGGAAUUAUGGAUGUAAUAGUAUUGAUGGCUCUUCAUUGUUGACUGAUACAUCAUUCUGAGGAGUAAAAAGCUGUGCGUGAAGCAAGAAAAAGAUUAGUCUAGAUUUUGUAAGACGUUACGGCUCGGAGAAAGAAGGAGGCCGAGCAGUUUCGAAUCUUGAUCAGGAUGGAGAGAAUACGUUUUGGGAAAUUUGAAGUAUCUCGAACCGCGAAGAGCGAGCUAGUGUCUAAUUAUCGAUGAGUCAGGAACGACGCAAAUAGGCUAGACGUGGGUCAGUUAGUUAGUGAGUUUGUGAUACAGCUGGUAGAUUACCAAUGCUGUCGAGGCCUGGGCAUAAACAUCUGCAACACGUAGCCAAUAUAACAAAGCGCAGGGCUCCAUAUACCUAUGGAUCUAUUACUCUACACAAAAUGUCGAGAGUAUAAUUACGACUUAAAGCAUCUUAGUACAAAUUUCAGAAUACGAUGACAAGAAAAACAAUGUUUGUAAGGUAAACAAACAUUUAAGUGAAUGCAUUCGGUUUGCUCACAGCAUGAAAACGGGCAAACUUGUUUAAAGCCAUCUAAUUACUCAUUGCGCAAUAGUUUUCACUAAUUUACGAAAGUGCUGCUAAUUGCUAUCGACGUAACUACAAUAAUUACGCAAUUCGAUUGUCACAUAUUUUUUUUAGUUAGUAUCUCUAUAACUUUAUUCAACAUAAUACAUGUAAGACAUAGUAUGUUCCAAGAUAAGAUCGCUGAAGUGUGCACGCACAUACGACGGGCAACCGGUCCAUGUAACUGGAACGUGCAGACAUGCCAACGUAUUAUGAUUGCUAAUCAUGUCAACAACUUGAUUGUAAACAUUUUGGGCAUGCCAAUAAUCCGACGUAGAACACUUCGUAUAUAUAUAAACAUACCUAAACUUGUUGUGUAUGCAAGAUGGUUUACCUAAGCCUGACUGUAGAACACAUGUAAAUAGAACUGUAUUAUUAUAGUGUUUGUUUUUACUGUUGUUGAAAUACGACCUAAGAAUCACAAUAAUUACGUAAACGAAAAUUAAUGUAAGGAGAAAAACGGAUUUCCUCAAUGAAAUAUAGAAAUGAAAUAAAUAAAACUAAACAUACUAUGCUCUUACGUCGUCUUUUUCGAAAUCUUAAAAAAUCGGCAUUAUCCCCUUUCAUAAAAUGCUUUCAGUGAAUGAAAUUGGUACGGUUCAUAACGAACGAAGUCGUUCAUGAUGGUUUAGCGAUCGAAAACUAAAAAGCGCCAUUUUUAGACAAUAUUCCUCCAUUGCAGAUUUCACAGUGAUGAAAUUUUGCAUGUUGCAUUAUCAUUCAUCGUCACUAACGAGGCUCCUAAGAAGACUGUAUUCAUCUUAUUACUGUCGGACUUCAUUUAACUAUACUUAAUGUAUUGGACACUUGUUCAUGAGGAUAUUCAAACCUUUACAUGUGAUUUUUUUUCAUUCUAUUUUAUGAUAGUUGUGUAACAUAUUUGCUAGCUAACGCUUUCGGCAAAGCAGUCUAGUCUGCACUAGACAACAUUAAAGAUGUAUUUUUUUUUUUUAAAUUUACUCGCCAGACUAUGUUCUGUUUAUUCAGCCGUGGGUUGUCUUUGUUUUCUUUCGUGGGUCUUUGUCGCAGGUCUAUACCGUUAUCCUCGGCAUUCCAUCAGCCGCAUCAGCUUUAUUUGAGAAUCAUCUGGCUAAGCCUCCAUUUUUGCCGAAAUACAGCUGCUCCAUGUUGACUGGCACCUCUACCGCUGAUGACGAUAAUGCUCGUUCAAUGGAGAAAACAGUGGCGUUUAGGCUAAAGCGCUCCGCCAGCGGCCGUUUUGGCUUUGCUAUACUGCGGCACC